AUGCCUGAUCCCAAGCACUUUCCACCAAAUGUACUUGUGCUCACUAAUACGAGUCUGGAUACUCUUCACAUCACAACAGUGGAGUCAUUCGAAAGUUACCCCAAGAACUACAGACCCAUCUCCCUCCUCUCAGUUCUUGGUAAGAUGUUUGAAGCCGACAGUCUCAUCGCUCUGAACCUCUCAGCAUCUGCCCGGCAACAAGCAAUUCGGUCAUCGGACAAGCAGGUCAGCAGCGGACUUACUGCUCCACAUGACCACUACUUGGCCCUUGACCGCGGCAAGGACACCUUCGUCAAAGCGCUCGACAUCGCAGGGGCAUUUGACAGAGAGUGGCACCUCGGCCUCGCCCCCAAACUCAACAGCAUGGGAGUGCGCGGCGACCUUCUCCGCCUUAUGCAAGACUCCCUAAGGCGUUGGUCCCUCAAGGUAGCAGUGGACGGUCGCCCCUCGGAGGAAAACCCGACAGGUGCCAGGGUGGUGUCCUCGGCCCACUCCCCAGGAACAUCUUUUUAA